GCGCAUGCGCAGACAGGCACGUAGAAACUCUCGGUUCAAGAUGGCGUCGUCUAUGGGUGGCAUGUUUCCCGGUCAACAGCCGCCCGCUUCUCAUCCUGUUGGUGGUCCCGGUGGUCCGGGUCAGCCGGGCUUCCCUGGUACCGCUACGAGAACCCAGGGGAACAACACGUUGGUGGACGAACUGGAAGCUUCCUUUGAGGCGUGUUUCUCAUCCCUUGUAAGUCAAGACUAUGUAAAUGGAACAGACCAAGAGGAGAUACGAACUGGUGUUGACCAGUGCAUACAGAAGUUCCUGGAUGUGGCUCGACAGACCGAGUGCUUCUUUCUGCAGAAAAGGCUCCAGUUAUCUGUGCAGAAACCAGAGCAGGUGGUAAAGGAGGAUGUGUCAGAGUUACGAAAUGAGCUACAGAGGAAAGAAAUGCUGGUCCAGAAACACCUGUCUAAACUUCACCACUGGCAACAAGUACUUGAGGAUGUGAGCAGUCAGCAUCGGAAACCCUCCGAGUUCCCCCCUCCAGGACCGCUGGCCUUUCUGGAACAGGCCUCCGCUAGCUUACCCCCUGCUCCUUUAAAACCAAACUAACACGAACAUACUGCGGUCACCGUGUGAGGAAAGUGGAGUUUUUGGGGGCAACAGGAUACUGUGUUUUGUCAUCUCACCACUUUGAGCUGUGUACUGUAAAUAUUUGUUAAUAAUCUUUUUACUGUAAAAUAAAAUACAUUGUGAUUA